UAUCCCAACCGGAUACAGUGUUGUCAAGAUUGUUGAUAUGUAUCAGCAACGAUAUGUUAACUGAAUGAGUUUAGUGUUGGCCAUUCAAAAUGCUGGUAUUUUUCUGUAUUGUUAUAUCUACAUUAUUAUGCAUACCUAUGUUGAUGCGAUAUUGGAUUAAACAGCGAUCAAAGAAUUUACUACCACACUUAAGGAAAAAAGGGGAGAUAACUGUUGGAUUUUUCCAUCCAUAUUGUAAUGCUGGUGGAGGAGGAGAAAGGGUACUAUGGACAGCUAUCAGAGCUUUACAGACCAGAUAUCCCAGAAUUCAAUGUAUUGUUUACACAGGAGAUACUGAAGCCACUGGAUCAGACAUAAUACAGAGGGCCAAACAGAGGUUUAACAUCAGUAUCACCUCUCCAGUACAAUUUGUUUUUCUUACAAAAAGAUAUUUGGUAGAAGCUCAGAAGUAUCCAUACUUUACAUUGCUAGGACAAAGUUUAGGGUCUAUGCUGUUAGGAUGGGAAGCUCUAAUGAAAUAUGUUCCGGAUGUUUAUAUUGAUAGUAUGGGAUAUGCCUUUACACUACCAUUAUUUAAGUAUUUAGGAGGAUGUAAGACAGUUAGUUAUGUUCAUUAUCCUACCAUCAGUACUGACAUGUUACAACGUGUAUCAGAUAGAACUCAAUCACACAAUAACUCUUCAUUCAUCUCACGAAGUGCCACACUUAGCUGGGCUAAAUCUCACUACUAUAAAAUGUUUGCAUGCUUGUAUGGAAUAAUGGGUAGGCGUUCAGACAAAGUCAUGGUGAAUUCUACAUGGACAUUUAAUCACAUUCAAAGGCUAUGGAAAGUUGCAGACAGAACAUACAUCAUUUAUCCUCCCUGUGAUAUUUCAGAGUUUACCAAAAUUCCUCUGACAAACUGUCAUGUGCAGAAAACAAUAGUGUCUAUUGCUCAGUUUAGACCAGAAAAGGAUCAUGGUUUGCAAAUACGAUCGUUUUCUAAUUUUCUGAAAAGUCAUACAAAAGAUAAACAGAUUUACAAGCUACUUUUAGUUGGAAGUUGUCGUAACGAAGGAGACUCAACAAGAGUGAAAGAACUGAGAGAUUUAUGUACCCUGUUAAACAUUGAAGAUAAUGUAGAAUUUAAGUUAAAUGUUAGUUUUGAGGAGCUUAAAGAUUUGAUGUCAACUUCUCUGAUAGGAAUUCAUACUAUGUGGAAUGAACAUUUUGGCAUAGGAGUUGUGGAGUUAAUGGCAGCAGGAACUAUUAUAUUGGCCCAUAAUUCUGGUGGCCCAAAGCUUGAUAUUGUCACAGACUAUAAUCACCAAAAGACAGGAUACCUGGCAGCUGAUGAAGAUUCAUAUGCUGCAGCCAUGGAAACGAUAUUUAAUUUGAAAGAUGAGGAAAGACUGGUCAUUAGACAAAAUGCUAGACUAUCUGUAGAAAGGUUCAGUGAAGGUGAAUUUGAAAGAGGAUUUUUGAUGGUGUGUGAAUCCUUUUUAGUAAAAAAUCUAUGAAUUAUCUCCAUAAUUCCUGAUAAUUCUUUACAUUGA